AUGUCUAGUAUUCUGAUCUUGGGUGCCACUCGAGGCCUAGGUGCCUCUCUCCGCACACUAUACUCAGCUAAGCCAGCGACCCAUGUAUAUGCAACAGCCCGAUCGUCAACCCCAGAACCAAGCCCAGGAGUUACCUGGCUAACAGGCGUGGAUGUGUCCCAACCGGAUGUGGGCCAGAAGCUUGUCUCGCAACUUCCCUCGAAGAAGCUCUCAACGAUCAUUAUCACCGCGGGGUACUUUGGGUUUGAAACAUUCGACUCUCCGGAUUGGGAGAAGCAAGUGCAGAUGUAUACCACCUCUGCAAUUGGCCCAGUCUUUGUGGUGCAUAAUUUAGUCAAAGCCGGCUUACUAGAUCAAGGAAGUAAAGUGAUUAUGGUUAGCAGCGAGAGCGGAAGUAUCACGCUCCGCCAUGAGAAAGAGGGUGGAGGCAACUUUGGGCAUCAUGCUAGCAAGGCGGCGUUGAAUAUGGUUGGAAAGCUGUUGAGUUUGGAUUUAAAGGAGAAGGGGAUUGCCGUGGGCUUGGUUCACCCUGGAUUUAUGCGAACUGAGAUGACAAAGAGUGUUGGGUUCGAUAAGUACUGGGAUGCAGGCGGUGCCGUCACACCGGAUCAAGCUGCGCAGUCGCUUGCAUCUUUUAUCGAGGAAUUCGACAUCAACAAGACGGGAGAGUUCUGGGCACCUAGUGGGCCAGGAGAUAUUGGCACAGCAGAAGAAGUUCUCGGAAAGAAUCUGCCAACCCCUUUGCAGCUGCCAUGGUAG